AUGCCUAGCAAUUUAGGUCGCCCGUUUGGCUGUGACCAGUGCCCGAAAGUUUUCACUCGGAGUGAGAACCUACAGCGGCAUAAGCGUGCACGCCAUGGUGGUGCUUCGCUCAAGGAUUUCCAAUGCGCUGGAUGUCAGGCUCGAUUCUCCAGAAGAGACGUAUAUAAACGGCACAGUGGCCGUUGCCGCGCAUUGCUAUCUUCGGGUCAAGAAUCCCAGCCGGAGGUUCCAUGGGAACCUACCCCGCAGAUAGAUGUUGAUAUAGCGCCGUCUCUAGUAGUCAUGGAUCAGAGCUCGAUGAAUCCGGUCAUGAUCACUCAGGCCUUUACCUAUGCCACUGAGUUACUUCAAUACUCAUCUCCAUCAUCGGCAACUCACAGCGACAGUGAAGAAAGACACAUCAAGGCCUACUUUGAGCAUUUCUACCCCUCCGUUCCUCUGCUACAUCGACCCACGUUUGCCUUAUUUUCGACGCCUAGGCUACUGGUGAAAGCCACGGCUGUCAUUGGCAGUUUGCUUUCAAGUCAACCAGAAGAUUGCGCACACUGGCGUCAAGAGACGUGGGAAAGUGGUCAAAAUGAGCUUCGGCAUAUGGUUUCCUAUGACUUGAGUGAGAUUCGUCAGCUCUGGGUCCUGCAAGCGUGGCUUCUACACAUAAUUUAUGGCGCUGUACGUGAAAUUGGUUUAUCGCAGCAGGAAAUCGCCAUGCCAGAUUCCCAGUCUUGGGUGUAUCAAUGUGAUUUGAACUCCCCCGUUGAUGACUCGAAAACACUAUAUGCACGGUGGAUAUCCUAUAUAAACGUAGAAUCGACUAGGCUGUCCCUGUAUACGUUAUUUUUCCUGGACUCGCAGACAUUCACCUCUUGUAAUGCUCGACCAUUGAUGUCGCCGAUGGAGCUUGGUUGGGAGCUUCCCUUUCCUAGCGGUCUAUGGGAAGCCAGAGAUUCCCAGAUAUGGCUACAAAGAGUCAAUGAGCAUCUUGGACACUCAACUUAUACAAUGCCUAAUGAUUUCCUACACGGGCCUCGCGGUCCGGCAACGACUUCUCUGUCAAUAGCUACACAGCAACUUAUGACGGAGGCGCCAAGCCCAGAACUUUUAGCGGCACUGGAGGCAUCUCCAUUUGCUGCAUUCUGCGUGCUGGCGAAUUUAAAUGCUUUGGUCAGGGAUUUUACGCGGUGUUACUAUCAAAUGCCACCGAGUGCGUCCGAUCCGUUCGCAUUCCAUAUCCUCACUCAAUCCCAGAAUAAACAGAUUCACACAGCAAUACGAGCAAUUGCGAGAAUUGUCAAGGGCCAGGCAUAUACCAGCGACAGCUCCCAGUUCCACCUGUGGAGGAUGAUCGAACUCUUUAUCUCUUCUCUCAGGAUAAGCCUAUGCCGCCCAGAUCAGCUCUUCAUAGGAGGUAUCGUGGACAACAGCUUGAUUUCUGGGAUGGCCGCUUCUACCCAUCUGACGCAAAGAAACUACGUCGCGAUCCGACGAUCGGUAUCUAUUGUACCGCAACACCUUGGCGCGGAUGAAGGCAUUCUGGCUCUUCUCAAUGAUCUGUCCGGUGCACUGUCCCGUAUCUCCGGUGAAAACCAGGAACAGGUAAUCUAUGAAACGCCGUGGACUACCGUUACCAGCUACGGGAUUCUGCUGUGUAUUUGGGGAGCGUUGAGACGCGCGACGACUGAUAUCCGUCACCACCUGGACACGUUCAACGAACUCCCAAGAACAUCAGAAUCCUGCAUGUUGAUCUUUAACUCCCUCAUGGAGUCUGCCCUCCUCAGUUUAUCCGCUGAGAAUGAUCGAACACCCCGGGAUCCCCGUCUCUGGCGCACGGAUCGAAGCGUUUUCACCAGUCUGCUCGAGGGGGGCGAGUCGUUUUUCAUUGGUUUGAUGAAGAGAUUCUGUGUGCGAAGAUGCCCGUGGGGAAUUGGAUCUUCCAUGCUAGCUGUGUUGGGUGAAAUCCCAGACCCUAGUCCCUCAGAAUAA